AGGACUGCCUGAGGACUUCAAACCCAGACUCCACAGUCCACGGAACGGAAUAAAGGCAACAGAUAGAAAUGACAGCAAAACCUCUAGGAACAGCCCUUUCUUUGCUCUUCCUUGCUCUUCCUGGGGUCCUGGGCGUACCGACAAUCUCCUGCAGAAAUGAAGAAGGUGCAGCUGUGGAUUGGUUUGUCUUUUAUAAGUUACCCAAAAGACAAGGCAAGGACGGUGGAGAGACUGGGCUGGGGUACCUGUACAUGGACCCCUCAACCAGGAGCUGGAGGAGGAGCGAGAAGCUAAUGAACACCAACAGGAGUGCAUUGGGAUGGACCUUACAGCAGCUGUACGAAGCCUAUCCCUCCAAGAGCAACAACACAGCAUAUGUCAUGUACAAUGAUGGUAUCCCUAAGUCUUCAAAUUACAGCAGGAAGUACGGACACACCAAAGGUCUACUGCUGUGGAACAGGGUCCAGGGGUUCUGGCUGAUCCAUUCUAUUCCCGGGUUUCCUCCAAUCCCAGAAGAAGGCUAUGAUUAUCCAUCCACGGGGAGAUGGAACGGACAAAACGGCAUCUGCAUAACUUUCAAAUACAGCCAGUAUGAAGCAAUAGAUUCUCAGCUCUUGGUCUCCAACCCAAACAUCUACAGCUGUUCCAUUCCAGCCACCUUUCACCAGGAGCUUGUCCACAUACCCCAGCUGUGCUCCAAGUCCAGUUCCUUAAAGGUCCCUGGCCGGCAGCUCACCACACUUCAGUCAGCCCAGGGACAAAACUUCCUCCAUUUUGCAAAAUCGGAUUCUUUUCUUGACGACAUCUUUGUAGCCUGGAUGGCGCAGCAGCUAAAGACGCACUUGCUGGCAGAAACCUGGCGGCGAAAGAGACAAGAGCUUCCUUCAAACUGCUCUCUCGCGUACCAUGUCUACAACAUCAAAGCCAUCAAGACAGCUCGGCAAUCUUAUUUUAGUUCUUACCAGGACCAUGCCAAAUGGUGUGUUUCUCGAAAGGGCACCAGAAAUCGCUGGACCUGUAUUGGAGACCUAAAUCGGAGCCCAUACCAGGCCUUCAGAAGUGGAGGCUUCAUUUGUACCCAGAAUCGACACAUCUACCAAGCAUUUCAGAAAUUAGUUCUGUAUUAUGAGGACUGUAACUAAACUUUGGGGAAAGAUCCAUCCAUGCUCUGUCGUUGAAAAUAUUAACUGUGGACCUUCUCACUUUAGACCCGUUCUGUAUAUAUUAAAAGCUUUAAAUAUACAAAACGUAGCACCAAAUCAAACACUUCCAGCCCAUAUUUACCACUUUAUGUUUCAAUUAGUAGAAAUUUACCUACUUUGAGUUUAUGGCAGAAUAAACCUCAACCAUGAUGUGCAGAUAAUGGUAACUGGAAAUGAAAUGUUUCCUUGCAGCUUAGUCAGCCCCAGCUGUCUUUGGCUGAAUUCCCCCUAAAGUUCCUCCUCGCUAGUUUACGGUUGCCUUGUCAUUUUUGUCAACACUAUUUGCUAAUAAUGAUAUGUUCUUGAACUGCUCACUUCAAUUCCUUGUACUGUUUUUUUUCGUUGUUGUUCUUUUCUUUUUUGUCUUUUU